AUGAUGAAGCUUUCUUCUUUUGCCUUCUUUCUACUCCUCAGCAGCAGCGCGGCUGGAAGCCCUCUCAAUGAUACAGCUUAUGACUAUGUUGUCGUUGGCUCAGGACCUGGAGGUGGCACUCUAGCCGCAAGUCUUGCACGCGAGGGCCAUUCUGUCUUUCUCAUUGAAGCUGGAGGCAAUAUGGGUGAUGAUCCUCUUCAACAAAUCCCCGGCUUAGCGGAUGUCAACUCGGAGGACCCCGCCAUGUCUUGGCAGUUUUUUGUGUCUCACUACCAGAAUGAGACUCAGGCCCGUCGCAAUCGUUACUUCACCUACCGUCUUUCAAAUGGCACAAUCUGGUACGGCAUUGAUGCCCCCGAGGAUGCAACUCCACUUGGUAUAUACUAUCCCAGAGGAGCUACGGUUGGUGGUUCUGCUAUCGCGAAUGCUAUGAACGUGGUUCUCCCACCCGACAGUGACUGGAACCACUUCGCCGAGGUUACAGGAGAUGAGUCCUGGGGCCCUGAAAACAUGAGGUCAAUGUUUAUCGAGCUUGAGAGAAAUACCUAUACGCCUGAGGGGACACCAGGGCAUGGGUUUGAUGGGUAUAUUUCGACGAACAGAAACAACAUUUCUUAUGUUGUCGAUCGGCCGGGCGUUCUUCGCGUGGUCCAGAAUGCCAUCUCCCAGACCGAGGGUAUCGAAGCACCCGACUCCGAACAAGUCAUCGAGCUAAUGGAAAGAGACCUGAACCGCGCUGAUAGCGACCGUUACGAAGUCCCGGGCUUGUACCAAAUACCACUACACGUUGACGAGAACCGCCGCAGAAGCAGCCCCUGGAAUUACAUCACGGAUACUUUGGCUUCGAAACGCGAAGAUGGAACGCCGCGAUACCCGUUGACCUUGAGCACUCACAGCCUCGCGACUCGCAUUCUGAUGAAGAAUGCUGAGGCCGGCUUGCAAGCCUAUGGGGUGGAGUUCAUGGUUGGAGAAGGUCUUUAUGAGGCCGAUCGGCGAUACGACCCCUCGGUCGAGCCCCAAGUGCGCACUGUCAGGGCUAAGAAGGAGGUCGUCAUCUCAGGCGGUGCAUUCAACACCCCUCAGCUUCUCAAGCUCAGUGGAAUCGGACCUCGAGAAGAGUUGGAGACAUUCGGCAUCCCAGUUGUCGUUGAUCUUCCUGCCGUGGGUGAGUUUCUGCAGGACAACUACGAGGCGGGCAUCAACGUUCGUUCAAACAUCGCGUGGGAGAAUAGUUCUUUCGCAAAAUGUACGCCUGGUAGCCCCGAGACAGACCCCUGUCUUGCACAAUGGGAAGCCGGCUACGGUGCAUAUGGCGAGGCCGCUGCUCCCAUCUUCAUGCUGCAUCGUAGCAACCAAUCCAGAAACGUGGAUUGCGACCUCAUCAUCUUUGGCGCGGCUGGUGGUGUGUUCGACGGUCACUAUCCCGGUUUCAGCGAAGUUGCAUGGCCGCCCACAUCCUUCUUCUGGGCCGUCGUGAAGAUGCAAAACGGCAAUCCGACAGGCACCGUGAGACUCCGAUCGUCCAACCCCCGAGAGACCCCGGAGAUCAACUUGAACUUCUAUCAAGAGGACGCCGAUGUCGAUAUUGCUGCUCUUUCCGAGGGCAUUGAACAUCUCAUGUCCAUCAUGAACGUCACUGGAGAGCCGUAUCAGCCCUUCCAGGUCAUCGACCCCCCUGCAGAUCGCUCACUUGAGCAACAUAUACGAGAUCACACUUGGAGCCAUCAUGCCGCUGGCAGCUGCAGAAUGGGAAAGACCAACCUGGACAGUUGUGUUGACUCAAAGUUCCGAGUUCAUGGUGUUCAUGGGCUUAGAGUUGUCGAUGGCUCAGUCUUCCCGAGAGUGCCCGGCGGGUUCCCUGUUGGUGCGACAUAUGCUGCCAGUCGUAAGGCAUUCCAUGAUGUAGUCAGCAACGAAGGAAAGUGA